GAAGUUGUCAUCAACCUAAAAUCGUCGAAUUUAGGGAAACUUGACAUUGAAAAUCUUCCUAAUUAACCCCUCCCCCUUAUCACAUCUACUGCAAAUUUUGCUGUCACAAUCAUCAAUUAUUCCCGUAGUUUCUAGGGUUUAGAUCAAAAUUCAUGUUCAUAAUCGAAUUACAUCUUCAAAUUCAUCAACGAAAGUAGUCACAGUUUUCGAGGUAAAGAUGGAGGAGAGAGAAAUUGGAAUUAAGGACGAAUCAUCACCUUCUUCAGCUACUAAUUUUCGACUUUUUGAUGAAAUGGAGCUUCUUGAGUUCAAAGAUAAGUACGUGAUCAGAAGAAUUAGUUCUCCUAAUGAAGGAUUCUCCGCUAAUCGCUUUGAUGGCGAUAUUCAGCCACUUAACAGUGAUGAUGUUCUCGAAAGCCCUGUCAAAACCUCCAAAAUAUGCGGCGUAGUUGGGACUAUUCGAUUAGUUGCAGGAAUGUAUAUAAUUGUAAUCACAUCUUCCAAAGAAGUGGGGACGUAUCAUGGUUCCCCUAUUCAUCGAGUAGAAUCUAUGAAAUACUUACCGUGUAAUCUGGCCUUGAAGGAAUUAAGUACCCAAGAUAAAAAAGAUGAAGCGUACUUCACGAAUUUGUUGAGAGUUGUGGAAUCUACUCCGGGAUUAUAUUAUUCCUACGAAACUGAUAUAACUGUGAAUUUACAGAGAAGGUUAAAGCUGGCAGCAGGGUGGCAGAACAAACCAAUAUGGAAGCAGGCUGACCCGCGAUAUGUUUGGAACAGAGCUCUUUUGGAUGAGCUUAUUGAGCAUAAGCUUGAUGGGUUCAUUAUUUCUCUGGUGCAAGGAAGCUUCCAGACUGCAGAGUUGACAUUAAAUAAUGCACCUGUUACCAUUACUUUGAUAUCAAGAAGAUGCACGCGCCGCCUAGGAACCAGAAUGUGGAGAAGGGGAGCCAACUUGGAGGGAGAUGCCGCUAACUUUAUUGAAACGGAGCAGUUGCUUGAAUUGAAGGAUUUUAAGUCUUCUUUUUUGCAGGUCCGGGGUUCAAUCCCACUUCUCUGGGAGCAAAUUGUUGAUCUAAGCUAUAAACCUCGGUUAAACAUCAUUAACCAUCAAGAUACGUCAAAAAUAGUGGAGCGCCAUUUCAAUGAUCUAUCACAAAGAUACGGGGAGAUUUUAGCACUUGACUUAACUGAUGAACAUGGUGCUGAAGGGAAACUUAGCAGCGCUUAUGCUACUGAGAUGAAGAAGCUGCCAAACGUGAGCAGAUAUGUCCCCUUUCGCUUUCACAGCAUCUGUGGCAAGUCAAGUUUUGAUAACCUGCACGUGCUCUACGAUGAAAUAUCAGAGGAUUUUGGAAAGCAAGGAUACUUCUUAGUAGACUCCGGAGAAAAUGUGCUGGAAGAACAAAGAGGAGUCAUCAGAUCUAACUGCAUAGAUUGCCUCGAUCGAACAAAUGUUACCCAGAGCUACCUAGCUCGAUUGUCAUUGGAUCUACAGUUGCGUAGGAGUGGUGUAUUUUCUCAUGAAGAUACUAUUUCUAUCUGUGGUGAAGAGUUUGACAAGUUUAAGAUCUUGUGGGUCGAGCAAGGUGAUGAGCUAAGCAUAGAAUACACGGGUACCCAUGCUCUCAAGAGGGACCUUGUAAGAUACGGGAAGCAGACUCUCGGAGGACUUAUUACAGAUGGAAUGAGUGCGGUUUCAAGAUAUUAUCUAAAUAAUUUUCAGGAUGGUGUCAGACAGGAUGCGAUUGAUCUCAUCAGUGGUCGCUACUCUGUUGGCAGAAACAAUCCUUCACCCUUUCAACUUAAUGCUUUCGAAUCACUUUCAUAUCUUCCAGUGGCUUCAGCUUUGUUGAUAGGGGGACUGACUUUAACGUCAUUUUCGCUAAACCAAGUGGGUCGGAAUGCUCAGCAGUUUGUAUCAUCUGUUCUCUGGGCUGGUGUGACUGCUGGAGUUAUGGCGUUGGUGAAAGCUAAUGGAAGGCAAUUCUGUUCUAGGCCUCGUCUCUGUGGCCUUAUAUGAAAACCUUCACGCUAUUUGAUUUAGUUGGCAGAUCAAUAACUUGUAUUAUUGUGAUAUUCUUGGUAAUUCACGCAAUUCGUACAUUGAUGAAUACUAAGGUAAUUAAUAACCCUUUGCUCGCAAGUGGAAACUCGCCUUUGAUUCUCAUUUCUGUGCCAACUUUGUAGUCAGAACAAGGAUUAAAGCGUCUUAAAGAGACUUUUGAGUUCUCGCUCAAUUCUUCUAAGAUCAGAGGAGGGAAGGGGGAAACAAGUACUAGUAAUAAGUAAGUUACUGUAAUAAUUUGACAGUCCCUCAUAUUUAUUUGAAAUUACCGGAAUCAAUCUGACAGUUCUUCAGA